AUGCUUGACAGGUCCAAGAAAAAGAUAGAAGCCAACAGUUCUGGGACGGCCCACUCACGGCGACACCCUUUGAGAGAUGACUUUCCAAAAUCCAGUGUAGACAAGGUAGCUGAAAACUCAUCUGAUGCUUCUAAAACCAAAGCUAAAAGCACAAAAAAGUGCAAGCUAUCUCCCGCUAAUGCUGAUGAAAGCCCUGUUCCAAAAAAGAGAGCUAAAGUUAAAAAGUCUGAUCUCAUUAAAAUUCAGCAGUGCGAGGAUAAUAAAAGACAAACUGAUGACAGAUGCUCUGAACUAGACUUAAAAAAUGUUUCCUGUCAGCCGCCGCCGGAGGAACUCUCCAAAAAGAAAAUCAUCGAGGAAUACUUGAAGCCGCCUGCGCAAACUGUUAUCAAAGAGGAAAAGCCAGAGCCAAAACAGAUGUCGGCUUUCCAAGAGGCUUUCCUCAGAACUAUUUUGCCACAGGGGGGACCGAAUCUUCUGGAGAAUAGGGUGUCUGCCAUUAAGGAGGAGCUGACUUAUCCAAAGCCGGUUAGGAGUUCUGAGUUGAAAUCUAUGCUCACCAACAAUACAUUAUCCCCGAAUAGAGGGAGUGCUCAAGUCAACAGCUCUGUCCAGUCUCCCUUUAAUAAGUUCAUGAGCUUUAAGUCACAAGCAGAGAGGGCGGAUCAGAAAGUUACAACUAACGUGUGGAAUGCCAUACAUAACGACACUCGCGGGUCUGCCGCGUCAUGUGACAGUAAACCGUCAGCCAGUGUUGCGCCAGGAUGUGGAAGUCAGCAGAGGAAUGGGCCUCUACCAGGCUACGUUCAAAUCUCUACUCUUACGAAUGCUGGCAAAAUCUCUGCUCUUAACGACCACUCAAAUUCAUCCAAAGGCUGUGUCACCGCUCCUGUUAGCACUGGCCAGACCGUUGGGAAUAGUAUCGCUUCUCAGCAACAGCACAAUGUCAACCAGUGGACAGGUCCAGUUAACGGUGGCACUUGCCCAAUCCCAGCAGGUGGAGAAUUCCUCAACAAUAAAUGUGCCAAAGUGUUUGCAGACUCCAUAACAAAUUCUAUAGAUGACACGGUAGGCCAAGUCUGCCACCAACCUACCCCCAGGAGCGAAACAGCUUUUCCAACUGAGACCGCUGCAGGUGUGUCUCCCAACCAACAGACUUCUCACAACUUGGUAGCAAGGAGGGAUGCCUCAUCAGAGUAUGCAUCUGUUGGACACAUGACACCCCAUACUGUACAACCAUCUCACAGUUUCCAACAACCCCAUACUGUACAACCACCUCACAGUUUCCAACAACCCCAUACUGUACAACCACCUCACGGUUUCCAACAACCGCACACUGUACAACCACCUCACGGUUUACGACCCCAUUCUGUAUACCCAGCCAGUAAUGUACCGGUACAGUCAUCUCACACUGUAUACCCAGGCAGUAGUGUAUCGGUACAGUCAUCUCACACUGUACACCCAGGCAGUGGUGUACUGGUACAGUCAUCUCACACUGUACAACCAGCCCAUACUAUACAGCCACAUCAUCCUCAAUCUCACCACAACUUCAUCCCUUCCACAUUCUCUGGAAACUUUCCAACAAUUGGGAACAGGAAUUUGGUUGUGCAGAGUGCAGCUGUGCCAAUGGGCACAAGACCUUCAAAUGUGCAAGUAAACAAUCAAAUGAAUGCUGUCAAAACAAAAGCAAGUGAGUUACAUUCAACGGAUUUUGGUGCCACACAUUCUGUUUAUCUGGCUGCAUGCCAGGAAAAAAAAACUGACUCUUUGGGAAACAUGAGGUAUGCCAUGAACGGCAGGCUGGUAGAAAUAAAUCCAGCUUCACUGUAUCAGACGAGUGUACAGAACAGCAAUAUGCAAAAUGUCCCUAAAGACUUCCCUAUGUCCAGUAGUGGAGUGGCCCAAGUAAUAUCAGUGCAGCAAGGUCCAAGGUUACAGGUGAUUAAACAUAAUACGACGACUAGCUGUAGCAAUACAAGUCAAGCUAAGCCUCUGCAAUGUGCUACUACUGGUGUUUUCACUUGUCAACAACAGCUGAAGACAUCAUUACCUACACAUUAUGGCAAUGUAUCGUCAUCACACCCUCAACAACAGCUGAACACAUCAUUACCUGCACAUCAUGGCAAUGUAUCGUCAUCACACCCUCAACAGCAGCUGAACACAUCAUUACCUGCACAUCAUGGCAAUGUAUCGUCAUCAUACCCUCAACAGCAGCUGAACACAUCAUUACCUGCACAUCAUGGCAAUGUAUCGUCAUCACACCCUCAGCAGGAGCUGAAGACAUCAUUACCUGCACAUCAUGGCAAUGUAUCGUCGUCACACCCUCAAGCAACCCAUUUGCAGUUCAGUGCUAUCCCCCAACAGUUUAUGACGGUUUCAAAAAAUGGCAGCUCCAGUCAAAAUCAACAGGUUCUUGUCCAAGCAGUCAAUCACAAGACUUCUCCACUUCAGGGUCCUUCAGCAAAUGCCAGCCUUUCAAAUCAGCAUUUUAUUAUAGCUAAUCCUGUGUCUAAUGUGGGGUCACAACCCAAGUUUGAUGGCGGUCCAGGAGCUAUUACGGUGACACAGCAGCAGCGAAUAAAUGGCCCCUUAAUUAGCAUAGUCAAUCCGCAGUAUCUUACCAAUGCUUAUCCACAAAACAAUGCACAGAAAUCCUUGCAGAAUUCUGUGGCAUUUCAAAUCAUGCAUCAAAGCUAUGGGAAUACUGUUCCAUUCAGCAGCAUGUUUAACUCAGCACAGCAACAAACAGCAAAAACCCAAAUGGCACCUCUGCUGUUAAACCAUUUGACACAGCAGCAUAACAAUCCCAAUCAGUUUGUGUUUAACUCCAACCAGUUCCUUGCAGGCUGCUUGAAGGCCCAGCCUACUGACCAGGUCAGCAGAAACCUUGGUUCAAAGUCAGAGUCUCAGCAAGUUGUUUCAGCUGGCACCUCUCAGCCACAAACUAUCAACUCAUCCACUCAACCAUUGCUGCCAUCACACAACAGCCAAGUGACCACUGGCCCAACUCAACAGUUGUUACCAACACACAACAGCCAAGUGACCACUGGCCCAACUCAACAGUUGUUACCAACACACAACAGCCAAGUGACCACUGGCCCAACUCAACAGUUGCUACCAACACACAACAGCCAAGUGACCACUGGCCCAACUCAACAGUUGUUACCAACACACAACAGCCAAGUGACCACUGGCCCAACUCAACAGUUGUUACCAACACACAACAGCCAAGUGACCACUGGUCCAACUCAACUGUUGCUGCCAAUACACACCAUUCAGCCUCCUUACAAAGGAGCUCAUGCACAAAUUAUCAGAUUAACUAAUCCAUCCUCUAAUAUAUCACAAGCAAAUCAAGUCACUCUCCAAAAUACUGACAAAAAAGCAGACCUGCUAACCAUCCAUAACUAUGCUAGUACUUCAAAACUCAGUCCAGGCCAGCAGAAUGCUAUAGGCACUGCAUCACUGAAAAAGACUGUAGACGUGCCACCUGAUGUUAGAGAGAGCCCAGCACAGGAGCAGCCACACAGUCAAAAGGAAACUGAUUCUGUCAACGAGUGUGUUAAGGAAAUGUUAGCUCAGGCCAAACUCUUGCAGCAGAGGGUCAAGCUGAUUGACAAACCCCAACGAAAACGUUCCAAAAAAUAUUUACCUGAACUUAGACCGAACCCCCCGACUGCACCUGUCGCCAACCAGUUGAUUAAAAUUUCCGAUGCGUCUUCUUCAAGCAGCAGUGUUUCUGUUGCCGAGACUUUACUUCAAAUGGCUCAUAGUGGAGGGACUCUGAUUUAUAGUAGCCGGCAGGUCUCAAGUCUCUCCCACGACAGUGGGAAUAAUGUUUUACCCCUACAUGUCAGUACAUCAGAUUCUGCAUCUGAUGCACCUUGUUUGUCUCCCCAAAUAGUUGCCUCCCAUGCAAGUUGUCCUGUUCUGACACCACAGACCAGACCAUCUGUUCCUCUCACUCCACCACAUGUCACAAUACCUGAGCUAACUUGCCAAAAGGGGACCCCAGGUGCUAUCUCAAAUUUCCAGGCACAGUCAAGGCCACCAUCGUUAUCCCCCGCCCUAAGUGACAAAAUGCCAACUCUAAGCUUGUGUCACACUGACCCAUUGGACAAUGGCCAGUCCAUCGAUGUCCCUUUGCGCAGCCCAGCUCACGACAGCAAUGGUCCAACUUCGCCGCUGUCAUCUUCUUCUUCCUAUAAUGAGAUAUUUCAUUCCAACUUUGAUAUGCGAACAGACUUGACAAUGUCUGACCUAAAACAAAUGUGCUCAGAGUCACAGUCCUCUGUUCCUUUCAGUGAUACAAACUUAUUGAUGCAAGAAUCUCUCUCUUGUCAUGCUGAAGAUUCGCCCGAUUCAGACAGAUCCAUGGAUCUUGUCAUUAACACAGAUGAUAUUUCACCCUUGCCCAGUUCUGUCGCUAUUCAAGAGACCUCUCGGCAUUCUCUGCCGAAGAAAAAGAAAUCCAGGGCUCCCGAGGCAGAACAGAAGAAGCGACCAGAAGACUUGGCUGACCCAUCUCAUAUCGAGCUAUCAAGUUCAGCUUCCCAGGUGAGAACAUGGCCAGAUGAUAAAGGUCUGUGUAACUCUCGUACGUCCACUACUAAUGUCGUGUCUAAUUCAUCGUUCCUCCAUCAAACCCGUUUCUCCCUUAGCACCAAGGCCCUCUUUUCUUUCCCAACCGGCAUUUUACCAGCGGCUCGGCAAUUAGUUCCUCAACCUAUAAUCACAAGUUCCCGUUUGGCCAAUUCCCAAGCACUCUGUUACCCAACCGUUGUGGCGGCAAAGCAAAGUCGUGCCCCUAAAAUCUCAAAGAAAGCUCGGCCGCCCCACGCAGAGAGAAACAAGAAUAAUAAUCGGCGAAAGAAAGUUCAAUCAUUUAUGAAUGAAAUUCCUCCCGUGUUGACCAUUGAAAAGCUUGG